AUGCUCAGGAAAGACAAAAAGUGGCCAUUUAGGACUGUUAUAUGUAUUGAUGAUGACGAAAGCAUGGAUGACAACUGUUCUGAUAUUGGUGUAAAUGACAAUCAUAGUUUCUCUAAUGGUGCUACCCAUAGCAAGAAAUCUUGCUUUGACUCCAAAGAGUUUGAAAAUGAUGCAGAUUCUGCUGGUGAAGAAUGCCAGUUUGUUCAAGAAAAUGCGACUCCAGUUAGGUUAUCAAAAUGCAAGCGUACCUACUCUGGAAAAGCUUCCACAAGAAAUGGCUAUGGUCCAAGUGUCAAUUCAGAAAGUGAUUUAUCCGGGAAAGAUUCUCCUGACUGUGUUUUAAUGGAAGAUUCUUCUGGAGAGCUUCAAAAACAGUGGGAAAAGGCUUUCUUUAGGAGAAAAAAGGAUAAGCGUAAUGGUGGAUACGAUGCUAAAGAUUGUGAUGAUACUUCAAAGGAUUUCAAUGAUAAUCACCACCAUAAUGUUGUAAAGGAAAGCAAUAGUGGACAACAUCAGGAAGUCCCAUUUUGUUCUAGUACACGCAAAUCCAGUGAAGAAAAUGAAGUUCCAUCUCCUUUUAUUACAAAGGAGGAUGUAAAUUUCAGUAGCACUUUUUUCGAGGUUCCUACCCCUGAUGAUUUUUCUUUUCGAUCAGACCUGAAAACACACACGCGGAAUAAUCAGCCUGAUAUUAAUGAGAGGUCACAUUCUAGAGAAUAUCCUCCUUUCAACUUUACUGAGCAGCAAGCUUCCCGACAUUAUGAUUUAGGUAGUUCCAGCUGUCACAAGAAGCAAAACGAGAACUCUACACCUUCAUCUUAUUCUCCUCUACACGGACAGGGAACUAAGAAAGUUAAUCAUUCAACUUCUCUUGAAGAUGAUGAGGAAACUCCAACAAAAUUUUGUCGUCAGAAAGCUAGUUUAGUAGAGGAAGAGGAUUCCAUGUGCAAGCAUCAAAGUUCAUUUGAAACUGAUGUUGAAAAUGACGUAUCUAAUGAAAGAACCAAAUUUGAGAAGUUUGAGGAGAAAGUUACUCUUAGUGAUAAGGAUAUGGGGCAUUCGCAACCUUGUGAACCAGGUGGAACUAGAAGUGUUAAGGAAAAGGAGAAUUUAAUUUCUGAAAAUUCUUCAUUUGUGAAGUUUUCAUCACUGAAUGAUCAAGUUGAAGGCGACGCUACUCUUUCCAGUAAUAGAGUUGGACCUAUCUCUGGAGAGGCCGCCUUCUGUAAAAAUUCAUCUUUUGAUCCGGGAGAUGUCAUUGACAAGAGCAAGAAGUUGGUUCCAGGUAUACCAUCAUCCUGUAAUAGGAAUCUUAAUGAAAAACUAGUUAGAGAGGAUGAUUCUUGUUCAGAUGAGGCUGUGGAAAAGCUCAUUGAACCUGUAUCAAACAUUCUGGAGGAGGUUGAAAGAGAUGAUCGGCAACAUACCCAAUAUGGAGAUAAUUCCCAAGUCGUAGAGAAUUGUAUCAUUAACGAACGAGAAAAGCUUAAGGAAACAGAUGAAUACAAAAAAGCGGUAGAAGAAGAGUGGGCUUCUCGGCAACGGGCAUUACAAAUUCAGGCUGAAGAAGCACAACGCUUGAGGCAAUUGCGGAAGAGACAAAAAGCUGAAAGCAUGCGUUUGUUGGAGAUGGAAAGAAGACAAAAGCAACGUGUGGAAGAAAUGCGUGAGACUCAAAAGAAGGAUGAGGAAAAUAUGAACUUGAAGGAGGUAAUUCGUACUGAGGUCCGGACACGACUUAAGCAAUUGGAAACCACAUGCCAUGAUAUGGCUUCUCUGUUGCAUUCCUUGGGAAUCAAUUUGGCUACUUGGCCUCAUCCAUCACCACAUGAGGUACAAACAGCUUACAAACGGGCCUUGCUGACCUUUCACCCUGAUCGAGCCUUGCAGUCUGACAUUCGUCAACAGGUGGAAGCUGAGGAGAAAUUUAAGCUUAUCAAUCGCCUGAAGGAUAAAUUUUCAGCUUCUUUAUGCCAAUAA